CAUCGGUGGCAAGGCUGUCAAAUCGAUUAUCGAGCACAGUGGUGUCGAAUACGGAGCCUCCCUUCAGCCAUUAAAAUGACGGAUAAACAAAACGCACAGAAAAGUGUUAAAAUAGCUGCAGGAGCUGUUGUGUGUGUUGAAAGUGAGAUCAGAGGGGAUGUCACUAUAGGCCCAAGAACAGUGGUCCACCCAAAAGCGCGUAUCAUUGCAGAGGCAGGGCCAAUUGUCAUCGGAGAAGGCAAUUUAAUUGAGGAACAAGCUGUCAUCAUUAACAGUUACCCAGAAAACAUCUCACCAGAUGCUGAAGUGGAGCCAAAGACAAUGACCAUUGGCAUCAAUAAUGUAUUUGAAGUUGGCUGUCUGUCACAAGCACUUAAAAUUGGUGACAACAAUGUUAUAGAAUCAAAAGCUGACGUUGGUAGGAACGUCAUCCUCACCAGUGGCUGCAUCAUCGGGGCCUUCUGUCAGGUCAAUACCUGCGAGGUCAUACCUGAGAACACAGUCAUCUAUGGCUCAGGAUGUAUGAGGAGAGUCCAGACAGAGAGGCCACAGCCCCAGACCCUUCAGCUUGACUUCCUCAUGAAGAUUUUGCCCAACUACCAUCACUUAAAGAAAACUGUUAAAACCAAUCAUGCCGCUAGCUAAACUCUGUUGUGUAAAAGUUUCAUUUUAAAAGGCAAAAUGUUCAAAUAGUUUGAGCUGAAAGUGUGUAUGUCUAUAUCUAUAGCUAUAUACACACACACACUUUCAUCAGUACUUUUCCUUACUAUUUUCUACUAACCACUACAGCUGAUCGACUAAGCAGUUCACCUUUUAUCCUGCUGUGCUUACUAAUAUAAUCCAUUAAAUAUGCUUAAUUUUGCACUGAUAAUCAUGUACAGUGUCAUUUCUGGAAGAUGAAUGCUUGCUUUAAAAAUGUGUUUUCAUUUUUUCCAUGUUUGAAUAACUGACAGUAGUCUCAGUGACCAAUCAAUUUUGCCUUUUAUUUUUAGCUAAUAGAUUAUCUGGUUUAAGACUAUUUUUUAUUUGUUUUUCCCAAGCUGUUACACCUCUCCUGAAGUACUCUUUUAAAACUGCUGUAUUACAAUAUUCAAAUUUACAAAUGAAAGGAAGUGUAAAGUUUGUCAAGACACCAGACUGACAGUCAUUUAUUAAAAGCAGGAUGACAUGCUGCCACAGAAUGUAACUUCAACUCUUAACUUAAAUGUUGGCAUCAAAGGUGAUUUAUGUGAGAUCACAUGAGACAACACAAGCCUUCUGCACUUUUUGAAAGUGUAGAAAACUAUGUAUAUUGUACUUUAGGAGCACUGCCCCAAAUGCUGUCCUCCAUACACGCACACACACAUUUGUGCUAAAGUAAAUGUAAGAAAAACUAUAUACACAAAGAUUUCUGCUUCUUUCUCUGUGAAGUGGUGACAUCCAAUUCAAUGGUUUCUAACAAGAUCUUACAUAAUUGGCCUCCUGUAUUCAAAAGGUCCUUCAGGUGACGUGGAUUCCACAGAGUAGUCAUUAUUUACAUGGACCGCGAGAACAGGACAAGAAGCUAAUAAUAUUCCCAGAACUUAAUUUCACUUUUUGGCUGGCACACCAUCUGUAUAGUCCUCCAGCACCCCUGCCAAAUGGUUGUUGUGGGUCUUGAAGUGUCUCUUUCUCUGACCAGAUUGCUUUUUCCUCUUUUGAACUGGUAACUGCAGGAAAUACAAACAUAAGUCAGAGCAGGCUUGGCACUGGCGUCCUACAAUGAAUGUUACUGUUUAUUUCUAGUGAAAUAUGCGAGGCAAUAAAAUCUUUGGGACUGUUGCAACGGAGGAGGUUGGCUGAAUCACACACUUCCAUAACCACUGUGGAUGUGCAUUUGCUAAUGUAGAAACUUAAUCUAAAGUUUGUGAAAAACAGUUCCUUGAAACUUCAGGUCCUUAACAAACACAAAUGCAUGGUUGUAGAUGACUACAUUUUUUUUAAAAGAGCACGUAACGGUAGACAAAGUCACAACUACACUGUACUUGUUCUAUCUGGUUUAUAAAUUACAGUUUAAUCAACUCAGACAAAUCUGAAACGCAUUAAAAAAAAAACUGAUCAAGGAGAUGAGAUUUUUACUAUUA